GAAUUUAUUUUUCAUUACAUUUAACAAUGUCAAAUAAUAAAAGAGCGCAUAGCGAAAGUGAGAAUGAAGAGGAGUGGGUUGGUCCCUUGCCUUCAGAAGCUGUUCCUCAAAAGAAAUCGAAAGUUUUGGAGUACGAACAAGUGUACAUAGAAAACUUACCAUGCUGCGAGUGUUACGAGAAGUCUUACAUGCACAGAGAUGUAAUUACUCAUAUUUUAGUAACAAGAUCAAAUUUUGUGAUAACGGCUAGCUGCGAUGGUCACGUAAAAUUCUGGAAAAAGCAAGAAGAGCUCAUAGAAUUUGUAAAACACUUUCGUGCUCAUUUAAUGGCCAUACAAUCUAUGGCGGCCAGUUGCAACGGUGUUCAUGCCUGUACAGUGAGUUUGGACAAAACAAUUAAAAUCUUUGAUGUUAUAAACUUUGAUAUGAUCAAUAUGAUAAAAAUGGAUUUUGUGCCACUUUGUUGCGAGUGGAUAUACUCUCCAGGCGAUGCAAUAUCUGCUGUAGCAGUUUCUGCUCAAGAAUCUAAUAAGAUUUUUAUUUACGAUGGACAAGGAACGAACACACCCUUGCAUGUUUUCGAAAGAUUACAUACGAAGCCUGUCGUUGCUAUGAAGUACAAUCCUGUGUAUGAGACAUGUAUCUCCGUAGACAAAGCAGGAAUCUUAGAAUACUGGACGGGGCCAAAAAUGGGGUACAAAUUUCCGAAAUGUGUUACGUUCUCAUCGAAACUAGAUACAGACUUGUUCGAGUUCGCUAAGAAUAAAACUUACCCAUGUGGUUUAGCGGUAUCACCGGAUGGUAAACGAUUCGCAUCUCUAAGCGGUGACAGAAAAGUCAGAGUCUUUAAUUUCCGUACUGGUAAAUUGUACAGAGUGUUCGACGAAACGUUGCAGAGGUUCACAGAAUUGCAACAAAUGACGCAGCAGUUACCGAAUAUGGAAUUUGGGCGAAGGAUGGCAGUGGAAAGGGAAUUGGAUAAAACCGAAACAAACUUAGGAAACAUUAUUUUCGACGAGUCCGGUUACAUGAUCGUAUAUAGCACAAUGUUAGGGGUGAAGCUUGUAAAUUUGUACACGAAUCGGUGUAUCAAGAUUAUGGGAAAACCGGAAAACAUUCGGCCUAUGCAGCUAGCUUUAUUUCAGGGGAAAGCGAGGAAAACUACAGCCGCGGUGACGGUGGAGAUGGAAGCUUCGGAGAAUCCGACUCUGGAGUUGAACCGACCGGAUCCAACCCUCUUCUGCACGGCAUAUAAGAAGAAUAGGUUCUACAUGUUUACAAGAAGGGAACCAGAAGACACAAAGAGUCAGGAAUGCGACAGGGACGUCUUCAACGAAAGACCGUCGAAGGAAGAUAUCAUUUCUUCUACCGAAGCAACGAACGUGCAAAAGAUUUACGACACGGCUAUUAUCCACACGGCUCUCGGAGACAUCCAUUUGAAUCUCUUCGGCAAGGACGUUCCGAAAACGGUGGAGAAUUUCUGCGUUCACUCGAAGAACGGUUAUUACAACGGGCACAUAUUCCAUAGAGUGAUCAAAGGUUUUAUGAUCCAAACCGGGGACCCGACUGGAACUGGAACUGGCGGAGAAAGUAUAUGGGGUGGGGAAUUCGAAGAUGAGUUCAGGCCACAUUUGAAGCACGAUAGGCCGUACACAUUGAGCAUGGCUAACGCUGGACCAAACACGAACGGCAGUCAAUUUUUCAUCACUUUAACGCCAACUCCUUGGCUGGAUAAUAAACACACUGUAUUCGGCAGGGUGGUGAAGGGAAUGGAAGUGGUACAAAACAUCAGUCAAGUGAAAACGAAUCCGAAGACCGACAAACCUUACGACGACAUUAGAAUAGUUAGCGUCUCUGUGAAAUGAAUGUAUAACGGAAUGGUUUUGUAAAUAUAAUAAUAAAAAUUCUUUUAUUAAAUAAA